AUUCAGUCUGCCUUUUAAAUUCGCCAACAGCGUCCGUGGCGUCGGCGCGCGUGAGAGCAUGUGUCGCGGCUGAGUCUGAGUGUGUCUGGAGGGUCUCCGAGUGUCCGGGAGUGCCCAGGAGUGCCCAGGAGUGUCCGGGACGGCAUGUUCGAGCACUCGUCUCCGGCCGAGGGGCCCGGCCCCCUGGCCACCUCCACCCUGGGGGAGACAGUGCACGGCUACCGGUCAGCCAUCAGCGCCCAGCACGCCAGGCGGCGCAUGCCUCUGCUGCGGGAUAUGAGCUACGAGGACCUGCCCGCCUCGGAUACCUACCGCCUGCUGCCUGACGUUUGUGACGCUACUGGCGGGGGCGGGGGCGGGGGCGGCGGCGGCGGCGGCGGCGGCGGCCCGCCCGACCACGACGGCGCCCAGCUGCGGGUCCGACCCGCUCAGUAUGGUGGCUCUUUCACGGUGGCCGGUACGGAUCAGUCCACGAGAUCAGAGUACGUCCGGAGCACCAUACACAAACUUCAGGUCCCUACUGCCGGCACCAAGCCCGUCUUGCUGAUCGUCUCACUGGAGGGCAUCAAAGUAUGCGGCCCCGAGGGAAAGGAGAUUUACAUGUCGCACGCGCUGCGUCGGAUCUCUUACGCCACCUGUGACCCGAGCCGGGGUCAGUUCUCGUUUCUGGCGAGGGAGCCGCGAGGUCACCUGAACCUGCAGUACUGCCACACCUUCUUCACUGGCUCGGCGGACAAGGCCGAGGAGCUGAACACGAUCGUGGGCAAUGCCUUCCGAAUGGCGUACGCGGCCCGUCUGCAGCGGUCGUGCCUUCGCUCAGCGGGCGGUGCCGCUGACCAAAGCGCCUGGGACCUGGAUGGCAGGAACAACCACGACAAGACCAACAACCGAACCUGGGGCCGUCGCUCGAAGCAGCACCGGGAGCCGAGCCGACGGGACCUCGCCCGCGGAAAGAACGUCAACCUGACCUCUCCGACGGCCUCUCCGGUGGAGGUACCCGAGAGCGCGCCUCUGCCGCCGCCGCCGGCCGCCUCCCGGCUAUCCGCCGAGCCGCGCUGUCCCCUGCUGACGGGAUAUGUCAACGAGACGGUGUCGACCACGGACUCGGAGUCCCGUUCGAGUGAGAGCGAGGGCCGGCCGCUGUCCGCCGGCGCCCGCUCCGUCUCCGCCAGCAGCCAAAGUCUACGAGAGGACUCGAAGAGCUGCCACUGGUCGAGUGCCUCCAGCUCUGUCUCCGCGCCGGCCGCGGACGGCACGAGCGGGGCCUCGUCCUCACCGGCGCCUCCGCCGCCCUACUACCAGCAGGGCCCGAGCCGGGAAGCGGUCGAACUGCGCACCGCCGCCUGGUUCCAGGCGGGCAUCCCCAGGGAAAUCGCCCUGGAGGUGCUCUCGCAGGAGCCGGUGGGCGCGUUCAUGGUACGAGAAUCGACCACCAAACACGGCUGCUACGCCCUGUCCCUGCGAGUCCCGCGCGACUUCCAGGUCUCAGGCAUAGCGCACUACCUGAUCCUGAAGACCGCAAAAGGAUACAAAAUCAAGGGUUUCAUGAAGGAGUUCACCUCUCUGACGGCGCUGAUCACGCACCACUCGGUGAUGCCCGAGCUGCUGCCGUGCACGCUCUCCCUCAGCCGCUACAACCCCAACUUCGCGCGCUCCGAGUCGGCCCAGGACCUGGUCGAGCUCACCGACACAGACUCCGAGUACAACGGACUGAGCGAGCUCUCCCGUGCCACCGCCGACACCAGUGUGUGAUGCCGCCGCCAGAGGCGCUAGCGUCUGCGCGACUGAGCGCAGGUGGCGCCACCAGCGCCGGGCUGUGGCCGAGCCGGCGGCUGGGCAGCGGGCUCUCGAGCUGCGCCGACAGGCUCGAAGCCUGCGCCUGUGAUACUAACGCUAGUUGACAGUUGCCGAACUCGUGUAGAUAAGCGGAAAUGUGUUUAUUAUUUAUUGGAAGUGUGGAGGCGGCCGCACUGCCGUUCUUUGAUGACAACUGACGAGGGAGGAAAUCGCACAGUCAGCGAGUAUAUGUCCUGUGCGGUCCACGCGUAAUUGUGAUGUGGCUCCUGAAUAAACGUGACGUAAUUAA